UCCCUUACCACUGUCAUUCAUUACUUCAAUCCCUUAAAUUUCCCUUGUCCUGUCACCUCGCCGCGAUGAACUCGCUUCCUUGUAUUUCUCUGGCGACACUGUUCCUCGGGGUAUAUGUGUUUGCCCCGGUUAACGGUAUUCCCAACUGCCCAUAUCCAGGCCCAGCAUUCCCAAAACCAACAGCACUCGCGUCUUCCGAUAUUAUUAAAACGGCAAUCGCGAACCUAACAGCGACCUUCGACGCUCGGGGCAUGGACCCGAGCAGGAACCCCAAUGGCACAUCGUGGUCGAUUCAAGUAUUCUCUGCCUCUGACCCGGACGAAGACGUGCCAGUAUGGAGUCAUUACCACACGGCGACGGAUCUGCUGGCGGCUAAUACGCCCGGAGUCAAAAGUAUCGACGGAAAUACUGUCUACCGGCUUGGAAGCGUAACUAAGAUUUUCACCAUUCUGACGUUCCUGAUCGAGGCCGGUGACACGUAUUGGAACACGCCAGUGACGCAAUGGGUCCCGGAGCUCGAACUUCUCGCGGGAAAGGCCCAAUACGAUCCGAUUAUGAAUGUCGACUGGGAUAGCAUUACGCUGCAGGAUCUGGCAAGCCACAUGGCGGGCAUCGUGAGAGAUUACGCCAUCGAGGGAGAACUUACCCAAGAACACAAUCAAACCGUCCUGAAAUCUCAGGGUUUCCCGCCAGCACCGACGAACGAAACGCCCGUGUGUGGAGAGUUCAUACCAUGUAAUCGCGCUCAGUUCUUCAGCGGCCUAAGCAACGUCCCGCCGUCCUUCUCGCCGUCGUGGACAGCAGGGUAUUCGAACGCCGGAUACCAAAUACUAGCAUACGCUCUCGAGGCCAUCACAAAGAAGCAGUACGCGGAGAUGCUGCAGGCGGAUGUCAUCGACAAGCUUGGACUCCAGCACACGUUCUACCAGAAGCCCGACGACAAGCUAGGCGUUAUUCCCCAGGGCCACGAAGAUAACUGGGCGUUUAGCAUCGGCGAGGCGAGCCCAACGGGGAACAUGUACUCCUCGGUAAGCGACCUAUCGCGUCUCGGCCGCGCAAUCUUCCGGCACACGCUGAUCCCGCCCGCGCAGACGCGGCGCUGGCUCAAGCCCACCGCGCUCACGUCCGACAUCCGCGAGGGCAUCGGUUCGCCGUGGGGCAUCCGCCGCAUCCCCCUAGGCGACGGCAGCCGCGUCGUCGACGCGUACAGCAAGGCCGGCAGCAUCAACGUGUACAUGUCGCUGCUCGUCCUGCUCCCGGACUACGACGUCGGCGUCGCGGCCCUGCUGGCCGGCGGCUGGCCCGGCAACGCCAACUGGGACAUGGCGGACGCGGUCGGCGCGGCCCUGGUCCCCGCGCUGGAGGACGCCGCGCGCGAGCAGGCGGCGGCCGCGUUCGCGGGGACGUAUACUGCAGACGACGACGGGCAGGGGCAGCAGCAGCUGAACAGCAGCCUGGUGCUGACCACGGACCCGUCGCGGCCGGGGCUCGGCGUCGAGCGCUGGAUCAGCAACGGGACGGACAUGAUACCGGUCGCGGUGCGGUACACGCUGAACUACAACGUGACGGCGCCGGCCAUCCGGCUGUACCCGACGGGGCUGGAGACGGAGGUUCGGGGGCAGCCGGGGGUGCGGAAGGUGGCGUUCAAAGCGGUGGUGGAGAACCUCGAUCUGGAGGAUCGGAGCGGGGAUAUGUUCUCGACGAAUUGCGGGACGUGGGUCGGCCAGACGACGGCUGUGUACGCGGACAUGCCGCUUGACCAGUUUGUUUUCACGGUGCCGGGGGAUGGGGGGGCGGUUAGUGUUGUGCCGUUGGCGUUGAGGACGAGGUUGCGUAGGAAAGAGUAA